GGGAUUUUACGAUACUGUUUACAAGUUCUUUCUUGAUCUUUCCAUACAAAUGAGUGAGCUAGGGAGAGUCAAGAAGAGUUGCGAGCCAUGUCGUAAGAGAAAGUCACGGUGUAAUGAUGAGAUCCCGUGUCAAUCCUGUAUCCUGCGGGGGACCCAAGCCUCUUGCAAUCCCAAUGUCCCCCGUAUCGCUAGAUUUUCCCCAUAUGAUCGACCAGUCUCUACACCUCGUCCCGGCCUAGAUCAGAUCAGGGCAUCUCUUGUCGCCUUGGAAGAGACCGUCAAGACGCUUCAACAGUCCGAAGCUGACGUGGAUGCAGAAGAGUCGCUUGAUUCGGACGAGCACAAGGCUAACUGGAUCAGAAUGACUGCCGUUCUGCCAUCCACAGAGGCGAUGGAGAUCCUGCUAGAAUUCCUGCAUCAGGAGUGCGACUGGCUCUACUUUCACCCGAAAGUGAUUCCACUCUGGCAACGAGCUUUUCGGCAUCGAGCAGUAUCAACCCCGACUGCUGGGCUUCUUUGUGGCUCACUAGCGACUGCGGCCUUGCUCAUCGGACCUCACCGACAAUCCUUGUACCGGCCGCAAGUCGAUACAACUCAAUUGCAUACCACACUGUACAAGCUCGCCCUUGAAUUCAUUGAAGAGACCGAAGACGUUGCCAGUUUAUCGCAUCUUGAUCAGCUCCUCGCAAUAUGCUUCUAUGGGACGUACACUGGCAACAUCAGGACUUUAAGGAAUUUAGUCCUUCACGUUCAAUCCAUGUUCGCCGCAGCGGAAAAGACCAACUUUCUUGAUGAGUCAAGCAUCAUGUGGGAAAACACUACUGCCGAAGAGAGAAAUCAUAUGCGACAAACAGCGGAGAGUAUUAUCAUGUGCAAAAGAUGGUCUACCCUCACCCCGGGUCCUUAUUCAUCAAUUGCGGACAUUCCGACGAAUGUCUGCAGGCCAAACAGGGUUCGGGCAAAUCUCAGAACCCCUAUCAGCGUGGACGGCUCAGAACCCGACACUGAAGGUACACAUUUCCGAGUCUUGCGCCUUCGUGGAUCUGCGGAACGUCAACGAUCUUCAAUGUACCCUGCGAUAUCCUUUGAGCUCACGGCAUUCUUCACCCGUAUCACGACGCUCGCUGCGGCAAGCUCAGCGUCUGAUGCAGAAAGAAGUCGUGCUUUGCUGGGGGAGAUGAUGGCUUGGAAAGAGGAUCGGUUGAUUGGUAACGGCUUUGGGCUCAUCGGUGUCGAACACAUCAACCCGGAAGACCACUUGUCAUGUUUGGCGUUGGCCCAAUCAGUCUAUCUGCACCAUGCCUUCUACUGCGUCUUGGCGAUUUUCCUCAGGCCAUGGCUUGCCGAUCCGCGCAUCAACCCGACUCAUACGGAACGUUUUCUUCAACAGGCCUGUCUCGACAAUGCUGAAGCAGUCAUGAACACGAUUCCGCACAUCAAGCUGCUAGUCGCGUCUGGGCGAGCGCCCAUCAUUCUGCCUUGGCUUGCUUCUAACCUCUUCAAUGCCGCUAUCAAUUUUGCCAUUCCGGUCCUGCGAGCCGUCAAGCAUAACUCACCGCACGAGAAGGACGAGGCUGUGCGGCGUUUGCUCGUUAUUCCCAGUACUUUCCAGACAGACCCCUGGCUCUCUCCGAUUGGCGACCAGGCGGCGGCGAUUCCUCAACAGCCUGUUCCCAUCGAGGUCCUUCAGAAUUUUGACGUGUGGCGAUGCGCAAAGAGCAUGUUAACUAUUCUGGACGGCAUGUCAGUCCUGAAUCACAGUCCGUUCAGCGUUCAAGCUCAGGCAAGACUGGAAGAGUUGAUUCAGCAAACUGGCUUGCGCCAGACCGAAGCCAUGUUGAAGCCUCCAUUCACGGAUCUGAAUGGAGGUCUGCCAAAUGCACCGCUGCCUGGAUCUCCUGUAGAUGGUUUGCUCGGACGCGAUACAAUGGACGAAGGGACGCUGCUGGAGGAACUGCUGCAAGAUCCAGCAAUAUGGGAGCAACUAGCCGCCUACUCUGUAUCAGAGUCGAUCUAGAGAGGAGUUGCCGCUCUCGGGACGAGGUGCGGCGCCGAUCAAGACCUUUCAUUGA